AGCCAGCUAAUGGUGGUUGGAUCUUGACAAGACGCUGCCUUAAACGUUCCUGCCUGUGAUUGGUCUGUUAUGGUGUCAGUCAGAUGAUGGGUGAAGUCAGCACAGGGGAAGAAAGAAGUGCGUGCGUUAUUGUGGCAGCAGCCGCCUGGCGGGAGAAGUGGUUGCAAUGUGCGAGGGGGGCCCGCGGUUCGAUAUCAAGGAGUACAGGUUUGCGGAAGAGCAGGACAAGCGAGAAAGAGAAGAGUCGAGGCCAGAGUUGGUGGUGCUGAUUCCUGAGGUCCUGGAUUCCCAAUAUGGCAUGUAUGUUUGGCCCUGUGCUGUGGUUCUUGCUCAGUACCUAUGGUUUCACAGAAGAAUGCUACCUGGCAAGAGAAUUUUGGAGAUUGGAGCAGGCAUGAGCCUACCUGGUAUAGUAGCUGCUAAAUGUGGGGCUGAAGUUAUACUGUCAGAUACUGAAGAGCUGCCUCAGUGCUUGAAGAACUGUGAGCGAAGCUGUCGGAUAAAUAACCUUCUAGGGGUACACAUUCUAGGACUCACAUGGGGCCAAAUAUCUCCCAAUCUGCUCUCUCUGCCUGAAGUAGACAUUAUUCUAGCCUCUGAUGUAUUUUUUGAACCAGAAGAUUUUGAAGAUAUUAUAACUACAGUGUACUUCUUGAUGAAGAGGAACCCAGAUGCUCAGUUCUGGACUACGUAUCAGGUCCGAAGUUCUAACUGGUCUAUUGAAGCUUUGCUGUACAAAUGGAAGCUGAAGAAUGUUCAUGUUCCCUUACGGUCUUUUAAUGCUGACAAGGAACAGUUGGCUAGCUCGCCUCUCCCAGGAAGACAUACCAUUGAAAUGAUGAUCAUCUCACUAGCAGGAGCAAGUGAUACUUAAGUUUAUUCCAGUUGCUGAUUUAAGAAAGUAUCUCAAAUCUGACUGCACUCCACUUCAAGCAAGUUUUGGACAAACAGCAUUUCUAUCUGUUGAGUCAAUAAGUUUGGGGAAAUUAAUGCCACUUGAUCAAGAAGCCAGAAUGCAUUUCCUCCACAGACCCAUGCUAUUAAGUCAUUUAUCAUACCCCUAAUGGCUUUAGUGUUAUUUUUGGGAAAGCAGGUAUACUGAUUACUACAGUAAUUUUAACAAUUAUUUCAUCUUAUCUUACAUUGUAUGAAUGAUACAUUGAAAGUGUUUGGUUGUGACUUUCUUCUAAAAAGUUGUUUGUACCUAAAAAUAAAAUUAAGAGGAUUUUUACAUCUA